AUGGCCUAUCGGUCGGUGUGGCGUCUGCCCCUAGCGGGAGACGCCGCUCUGGCUAGGGCAAGGGGAGUAGGGGCACUGGAGGCGCGAGCAGGGGCGGUGGAGGUGGAGGUGGAGGCGGCGGGCGGAGUGGGGUUGGCGGUGGGAGUGGAGGUGGGAGUGGAGGUGUCGGUGGCGGAAGUGGAGGCGGAGGCGGCGGCGGCGGUGGCGGUGGGAGCGGAGGUGGCGGAGGUGGCGGCAGAGGAGGAGGCGGCGGAGGCGGCGGUAGCAGCGGAGGCGGCGGGGGCGGCGGAGGCGGUGGGGGUGGCGGUGGAGCUGGUCGCGGGUCUACGCAGAGGAGUGGCUCCGGUGCGGGGUGGGGGUUUUGGUCCGUGCACCUACGUCCUGCGCACCGGCGACCGUGCGGGUGAGCAGUGUGGGGGUGCGCACCCCACCCAGCGCUACUUUGGCCGCCUGACGGACGCGUGGCGUCACCAGUUCCCUGAGGCCACAGAAUUCCCUCGCUGGGGCGAGCUGUCUAGGGCGGGAGUUGCCAUCUAUGAUCUUGAGUUUGAUGCCAUUCUUUCUGCCAUGUAUGCUGUGACUAUUAGUGAUGAGGGUGACUGUUACCGGUGUUUCCCGCCCGAUCCGGGCAUUGAGACUGCUGCUCUAGGUACUGGUGCGGGUGCUGCCCUAGGUACUACGUCGGCUUCGGCCUCCCUCACCUUCACCCUUGACUCUGGGGCUUCUCGCUCCUUCUUUCGGGACCACACCACACUCACGCCGCUUAGUCGGCCGGUUGCGGUGUCUCUGGCUGACCCCUCUGGGGGUCCUGUCCUGUCUCACUUCUCUACACUCCUCCCGUGUCCGGCGGCUCCCUCUGGCACCCUGUCUGGUCUCUACCUCCCCUCGUUCUCUACGAACUUGGGGCGCCAACGGGCUGCCUCUCACUCCUCCCAGUUUCCUCCGACAGAGGCCCCGCUGCAGACGCUUCACAUGGACGUGUGGGGCCCAGCCCGCGUCCGUGGACAAGGUCACGAGCGCUACUUCCUGCUCGUUGUUGACGACUACUCGCGUUACACCGCAGUCUUCCCCUUGCGCAGAAAGGAUGAUGUUACUGAGGUGCUGAUCGACUGGAUCCGCGCAGCUCGUCUCCAGCUCAGGCAGAGCUUUGGCUCGGACUUUCCUGUUCUGCGUCUGCACUCGGACAGAGGCGGAGAGUUUUCCUCUGGCCUUCUGAGAGCCUACUUUCGCGCACGAGGCAUCCGUCAGACCUUCACGCUUCCGGACUCUCCGCAGCAAAAUGGGAUCGCACAGCGCCGCAUUGGCAUGGUCAUGGACGUCCCUCGUACGUCCAUGAUGCAUGCGGAUGCCCCCCAUUUUCUGUGGCCGUUUGCGGUGAGGUACGCGGCGCAUCAGAUCAACCUCCACCCCAGGGUCUCCAGGCCGGAGACCUCCCCAGCCUUGCUGUGGACGGGGAAGGUUGGCGAUGCGUCGGCGUUCCAGGUCUGGGGAUCUCGGGCGUUUGUCUGCGACUUGUCUGCGGACAAGCUGUCCCCUCGUGCUGCUCCUUGCGUCUUCCUGGGGUUCCCCCCUGACGCGCCUGGGUGGCAGUUCUACCACCCCACCUCUCGCCGUGUUCUAUCCUCCCAGGACGUCACGUUUGACGAGUCGACCCCCUCCCCGGGUGCUGAGCCUGGAGGUGCUGCGACUGGGGGUGCUGAGCCUGGGGGUGCUGAGCCUGGGGGUGCCACGACUGGGGGUGCUCAGCCUGGGGGUGCUGAGCCUGGGGGUACUGCGACUGGGGGUGCUGAGCCUGGGGGUGCUACGCCUGGGGGUGCUGAGCCUGGGGGUGCUGAGCCUGAGGGUGCUGAGCCUGGAGGUGCUACGCCUAGAGGUCCUCCGGGGGCUUCGUCUCGCCAGGAGCCACUCUCUCCACCGGAGCUGCGCGAGUGGUUUGCCCGGCUCUGGAGGCGUGCUGCUGGAGCUGGAGGUUCUUCGGCUGCUGAGGGUGCUGGUGCUGCGGGUCCGGGAGUGCUCGUACUGGGAGUACUGGAGCUGCUGGGCCUGCGGGUUCGACUGGAUCUGGUGCUGCUGCGGGCGUUGGUGCUGAGCCUACUGCUUGUGGUCCAGCUGGGGGUACUACUGGUGCUGCUGGAGGUUCUGGAGCUGCUGGAGGUGCUGCUGGAGCGGGUGCUCCUGUUGGAGGUACUGGUGCUGUCCCUGCUGUGUCUGGCGUCGCCGCGCGGCCUCGACCGUACUUCGUUCCACUCCUGCAGCAGGUUCUUGGUCUUCUACCUUCUACAGUUACAGCCUGCCUCCCCACUACCUGCUCCCUCUCCCUACACUGGUCCUAUUGGAGGUCUGGUUGAGCGUCGUGAGCCUGCGUCUCGUCCUGCGUCGCGUGUUCGUGCUGCUCGCACUAGUGGUCGCGGUUCGCGUCAGCGUCCUCCUCCUGUCCCUGGCACGCACCAGAUGUCUCUUCGUCCGUCCACUGCUCCUCUUCGUGCCCCUUUGCCUUCUCCUCCUGCGUCCCCUCUUCCUAAUCUUGCCGACCUGGAGUCGGACUCUCUUCGUGCUGCCAGUCAUACUGUCACGCGUCUCCUUGCUACUGUCGUCACUGACCCUUCUUUCGAGUCCACUGCUGCGUCUGUCGACUUUGCUGCUCGCUGUCGUCUAGACUACGCUGCUAGUCUUGUCGCUGAGUCUGAGUCUGGAGACCUGGAUGCACUAGACAUCCCGACUCCGCGCUCUUACGCGGAGGCGAUAGAGGGUCCCUACUCUUCUCAGUGGCAGGCAGCUAUGGAUGCAGAGAUGGCUUCCUGGAAGUCCACAGGCACCUACGUCAACGCUGUCCCCCCUCCUGGGGCGAACAUCGUCAGUGGCAUGUGGAUUUUCAUGGUGAAGCGGCCGCCGGGCUCUCCGCCUGUCUUCAAGGCACGGUACGUGGCUUGUGGUUUCAGUCAGCGGCAGGGAGUUGACUACUUUCAUACCUUCUCUCCCACCCCGAAGAUGACCACUCUUCGGAUACUACUGCACGUUGCUGCUCACUGUGACUACGAGCUGCACUUUCUCGACUUCAGCACAACUUUCUUGCAGGGCAGCCUGCAUGAGGAGAUCUGGCUGCGCCGCCCACUUGGCUUCACUGGGUCGUUCCCUUCUGGUACCCAGUGGAGUCUCCGGCGUCCAGUCUACGGUCUCCGCCAGGCGCCCCGCGAGUGGCACGACACACUGAGGACUACACUUCCGGCUCUUGGGUUUGCUCCUUCUACUGCCGACCCUUCGCUGUUUCUGCGCACCGACACCUCUCUACCGCCUUUCUACAUCCUCGUGUACGUCGACGACUUGGUCUUUGCCACUGCUGACACUGCUAGACUCGCCUACGUGAAGUCCGAGCUGCAGAAGAGACACACGUGCACAGACCUGGGUGAACUACGCAGCUACCUUGGCUUGCAGAUCACCCGGGACAGAGCACGCCGCACCAUUACCCUGACUCAGUCACACAUGGUGCAGCAGGUCCUUCAGCGCUUCGGCUUCACGUACUCCUCGCCUCAGGCCACUCCUCUGCCUACUCGCCACUCACUCUCAGCUCUGCCUUCGGAUGAGUCCGUAGAGUCGAGUGGCCCGUAUCCAGAGCUUGUUGGCUGCCUCAUGUACCUGAUGACCUGCACACGACCUGACCUUGCAUACCCUCUUAGCAUUCUCGCACGCUAUGUUGCUCCUGGGAGACACCGACCAGAGCACAUGGCUGCAGCGAAGAGGGUGUUGCGCUACUUGUGCAGUACGUCGGGCAUGGGGCUAGUGCUUGGAGGGCGCAGUCUAGUGGUCCUCACUGGGCACGCAGACGCUUCCUGGGCUGACGACCAGGCUACACAGCGGUCGUCACAGGGUUACACCUUCAGCCUUGGUUCCGGCUCUGUCUCGUGGCAGGCUACUCGCUCGUCUUCUGUUCUCAGCUCCAGUUGUGAGGCUGAGAUCUACGCCGGGGCCAUGGCUGUACAGGAGCUUCGCUGGCUCACCUACCUGUUGACCAACCUUUGA